CUUCUGCCCCAAAACAAUGUAUUUUGCAAGAAUCCUUCACUUGUGGUGAGCCAUAUUACAAGAAAACUGCAAAGUGGCGUGAGAUCACUAAAGCGGUGGCCUACCACAUCGCAAAAGACAUGGUCCCGGUCGCAACGGUGGCCCAGGAUGGUUUCAAAAAGUUCCUUCGAACAAUGGACCCAAGGUACAAUUUGCCAAAUCGAAAUUUCUCUGAAGAAGUGCUGCCAGAGAUGUACACCACUCUCUGGCAAAAGCUGACAGCCCGGCUCGCAACAGUAAAAGAUUUUGCGGUCACUACCGAUAUGUGGUCGAGUAGGACCUGCGAGCCGUAUAUGUCAUUGACAGUUCAUUUUAUCGAGGACUGGAGAAUGGAGUCGGUGUGCCUCCAAACCAGCUACUUUCCUCAAGAUCACACCGGAGAGCACAUCGCUGAAGCCCUGCAGGAUGCCCUCUCAAGCUGGAAGCUGGAGGAAAAGGGGCUGGUGGCCAUAACCACCGACAACGGGAGCAACGUUGUUAAAGCGGCCCACCUGCUAAAAUGGCUGAGGAUGCAAUGCUUUGGUCACCGACUUAAUUUGGCCAUAGGACAUGGCAUGGAUGAUCACUGCAUCACAAGGUGCAUUGCGCUGUGCAAGAAAAUAGUCAGCAGCUUUUCCUAUAGCUGGAAACGGAGGAGAGAAUUGGCUGAGGUGCAUAUUCAGCUGGGUCUACCGACUCACCAGCUCAUCACAGAGUCAGCCACACAUUGGGGAUCGAGACAGCAGAUGAUCAGCAGGGUCCUGGAGCAAAAGGCAGCCCUCUCCAAAGUCCUGUUUGCUGACAAGAAGUCGAGACAUCAUGUCCUUAACUGGCAGGACGUAGAGGUCCUGCAGGCAGUCCAGAAAGUCCUGAAGCCCCUUCAUGACUUCACAGACGCUCUCUCCGGUGAAGAGUAUGUCACCCUCUCCUACGUCAGGCCUGUGCUACACCUCUUCAAUUCAAGUCUCCUAAUACGGGAAGAGGAUGAUAGUGAGCUGUGUAGGUCGAUCAAGACCAGAAUCUUGGAUUACCUUAAUGCCAAGUAUGCUGACCCAGACGCAAGUGACCUUCUGGAUAUGGCGUCACUUGCGGAUCUACGUUUCAGGGUUAAAUACAUCCCAGGUGAAAGAGUUGAGGCACUGAAACACAGAGCUGUGUUGGAGGUGGAGGCCUUGCAGGCUGAUUUGGGCAGCGGUAAGCCGGACCCGGCUGGGCCUGUGCCAGAGGAACCAGGAAUGCCACCACCAUCCACAAAGAAGAAGUCACUGGCCAGCUUCUUCAAGCAGAGCACAGCCACUAACACCAGGCUGACACAGAGGGAGGCGAUUGAAAGUGAGCUUACAAGCUACUUACAGUCAGCUAUCAUCGACCACGACACAGAUCCUCUCCAAUGGUGGAAGAUGCAUGCCGAUAUUUUUCCAGCACUGAGCCUCCUGGCAAAAAAGUACCUUUGCGCACCAGCAACCAGUUCCCCUUCUGAAAGGGUUUUCAGUUGCAGCGGCAACAUUGUCAACUGUCACAGGGCAUCCCUGAAGCCUGAGGCAGUUGAUGGACUCGUUUUUCUUGCACAAAACCUGUAAAAUACAGGAGCACUGCAUAUGAGAAAAGGUAUUUAGCCUGUUCUGUUGGUAAUUUUGUUCUGUUGUUUACAUUCUUGUUCUUUGCACAGCUGUAGGAGAUGAAAAAUCUUAACUCUUUUAAUUUAAUUUAAACUAUUUAAUAUAUUUGUUAUUUCACACAAUGUUAGAUGUUGGCACCACAUCAUUUGUCAGAGAGAUUUUAAGAUUUUAUUAAUUUUGUUAAGAAGCUGA